UGUUUUCACUCCGUUUAGGAAAGACGCUUCACUACAAUUGACUUAAUGUUUCCUUCAGUUUAAUUCUAGUUAAAAUCUCUCAGUAUUCGUAAAAGGAUUUGGAUUUUCAUUUUGCAUUCAUGUGACUUGUUUCUUUCAUCUGGGGAAUUCUUGAUAGGAUAAAUGUUUUAAAAACCUUUGUAAAUUUCUAAAAAGAGCUUUUUUGAAAGUGAAAUGUUAUAAAAAAAAAAAGAAAACAAUGGCCAGUGGAUGAUUACACUAUAAGAUACUUUACCUGUGGUUUAAGUAUGUUUAAAUAGUCAUAAGGCCUUUGUGUAAACAUGAAUGAGCUAGAUUUGGAUGCUAUGGAUGGUUGUGAUGGUGGCUUGCACAAAAGUAUUAAGAUAGCUCCUGUCAGAGCUAAGAAAAUGGUCAAGGUUGAUGAAGAGGUGAAAAAGCUUCUAGAUCUUAAAAAACAAUUAGGUGAUGAUGGCCCUAAAAAGUUUACUCUUAAAACUCCCAAGGGUACUAGGGAUUUUUCACCUGAGCAAAUGGCCAUUCGAGAAGGUGUAUUCAAUAAAAUAAUUGAAUGUUUUAAACGCCAUGGUGCUGAGACCAUUGACACGCCUGUCUUUGAAUUAAAGGAAACACUUACAGGCAAAUAUGGUGAGGAUUCCAAAUUGAUUUAUGAUUUGGCUGACCAGGGUGGAGAAUUGUUGUCACUCAGAUAUGAUUUAACUGUACCUUUUGCUCGUUAUCUUGCCAUGAACAAAGUGACCAACAUUAAACGCUACCACAUAGCAAAAGUAUAUCGAAGAGAUAACCCUGCCAUGAAUAGAGGGAGAUUUAGGGAAUUUUACCAAUGUGACUUCGAUAUAGCUGGUCAGUAUGAUUUGAUGUUACCUGAUGCAGAGUGUAUAAAAAUUGUAGUAGAGAUUCUUUCAAGUCUUGAUGUUGGAGACUUUCUUAUUAAGGUGAACCACAGAAAAUUGCUGGAUGGUAUGUUUGCUGCAUGUGGGGUCCCAGAUGAUAAAUUCAGGACAAUUUGUUCCUCUGUAGAUAAACUAGACAAGACUUUUUGGGAUGAUGUACGUCAUGAAAUGGUUGAAGAAAAAGGUUUGGAUCCAAAAUCAGCUGAUAUGAUUGGAGACUAUGUGAGAUACAAAGGAGGAAGUGAAGAAAUUUUACAGUUGUUAAAAGAUGACAGUCUGAAAGCUCAAAAAAAUGCAAUAGAAGGAUUAGAAGAGUUGAAGCUCUUGUUAUCCUAUUGUGAAGCUUAUGGGGUCACUAACAAGGUUGUGUUUGAUAUGAGUCUUGCAAGAGGGCUGGAUUAUUACACUGGGGUUAUCUAUGAAGCUAUUUUAAUAGGCAAGAAAAAUAAACUGGCCGAACUCUCUACAGGUCACACAAACAAUGUGAGUGACAGUGACGACUCUGUGGGGGUGGGGAGUGUAGCAGGAGGUGGGCGCUAUGAUGGACUGGUCGGGAUGUUUGAUGGCAAGGGGAGGAAAGUUCCCUGUGUAGGAGUCAGUAUUGGGAUAGAGCGUCUCUUCUCCAUCAUGGAGGCUAAGGCAUUGGCUGCACAGAAGAAAAUCCGCACAACAGAAACAGAAGUGUAUGUGAUUGCCGCUCAGAAAAACAUGGUGGAAGAGAGGUUAAAACUAGUAAACACAUUCUGGGAUGCUGAUAUUAAAACCGAGCAGUCGUACAAGAAAAAUACAAAGAUGCUCAAUGAAUUCCAAUACUGUGAACAAGCAGGCAUCCCACUAGCAGUGAUCAUAGGGCAGUCAGAAAUUGAAGCUGGUGUGGUCAAGCUGAAAACUAUUGGCUCCAGGGAGGAG